AUGUCUCUCUACUCGCCUGCUGAGCAGUCUUCCAACCGAGUCAAUGGUCAAGGGAACAUGACUGAUGGCUCUGGGACCAUCAAUCCAGCUGCACUAAAUAGUCCUGGUGGUGUUUUGAUUCCCCAAUCGAAUGUCGAUCCGACUGCUCGCAGGUUAAAACGAAGUCGUUCGCCAGAUGACCACGGCGAUCAUCCGCAUGGAGACGAGAAUGACGAAUCGAAGCCUCGAAAGCGCGGGCGUCCCACAAAGACACCUCGAACGUCCGGCGACUACACCUACGAUCAGAGUAACGCCCUACCUACGCCUUCGAGUCAGACCUCACCAAGCCUAGCCACAACACCUCAAAUCAAGACCCAGAGUGGUCCGGUACAGUCUGCCGUGACCCCAACGCAAUCCUCGCCUCCAGCUCGAGCGACGCCUAAGUCUACCCUCAAGGCGCUGCCUACGGUCAGAGAUCACACCAGCGAUCAACUCAGUCCAGGUGGAGAUGAAUACAUCGCUCGCGAGUAUGACGACCAGGGCGAGAAAAAGGUGGACGAGCUGGGCUAUCUACAAGGUGGUCGAGAGUACAAGCUUCGCACAUUCACUCUACCUGGACGAGGCGAGAAACUGUUCAUGCUUGCGACAGAGUGUGCCAGGACACUUCAAUAUCGCGACUCGUACCUGCUAUUCAACAAGAACCGGUCGCUAUACAAGAUCAUUGCAUCGCCGAAGGAGAAAGAGGAAUUGGUUCAACACGACAUACUGCCGUACAGUUACAGAUCUAGACAAAUAGCUUUGGUCACAGCUCGAUCAAUGUUUCGACAGUUCGGAAGUCGCGUUGUCAAAGAUGGCCGACGCGUGAGAGAUGAUUACUGGGAAGCUAAGGCUCGAAAACAGGGUUUCACUGAAGAGGAUGCCGCAGGCGAGAAAAGACCUGGUGCGGCUAGAGCAAGAGAAGCUGCUGCUGCAGAGGCACUUGGAAACCGUCAGUUACAAAUGUACGGCAACAUUGUAUAUGCGAACGAUCCGAACUUUGCAAACCUACAGCCCCCUCCAAUGCCACCUGGUAUCGCAUCCACCAUGGCUCAAAUACCCCUCAUGGAAGCAUAUGAUGCCAAAUAUCGAGACGUACCAAGACCGCGAAUGGAGAACGUUGGGCCAGCCUACGCAGAUGUCGUGCGGACUAGCAGUGAUGCCGAUAUGGCCAGUCAAGUUGCUCAUGCUGCUGAUUACAGCAAGCAGGUCAAUGCUCAAGGGCGCUUCCGACGAGGUAUUGUGGAGGAAUACUGGCAUCGCCCUCAUGAUCCUCCUGUCUCAACGCCACAACAGACCAAUGCAGAGCCUGUCACAGCGUCGCAGUCUUUACAGUCUCCUACCUACGACGCCGUCGAGCCUCUAAGUCAGGCAACGAUGCCUGCUCCUCAACAACCAGCUAUACAGACACAAAUGAACCCUCCUCCCAGUUUUCCGCAUUCACAAAACCCGGCACAUUCGCCGUCACGAAAUGUAGGUCUCUAUGGAGGGCAAGCCGUGUACCAUCCACGAAACCCAUCGUCGCUGGCCAAUCAGAUAUCCCCCAAUGCCUAUGGAUACUCGCCCACAAACUCGCAGUCACAACAGACAUGGGGUCAACCACCUCCACAACCACAACAAUCUCCAGCCAUGUCAAAUCGUAUGUAUAAUUCCUCGCAGCAGUCUCCGCACAUGGGCCAUACACAGAUACCUUCGCCUAUGCCAGGUGGUCACAGUCACUCGUCGCAUCCACAACAGCAGCAGCAACAGAUGCAGCCUUCCCCAAGCUUUCAACAAUUGUCAAUGGGGAACAUGGGUGGUGGCCAACAGCUUGUUCCCCCUGGCGGUGGCUUGAGAGCUAUGGGUGCAGCUGGAUAUGGCGGUAUGGGUAUGCCGCAGCAUAUGUUUAAUCAAAUGGCUGCAUCGGGGGCGAACUUUAUGCAGCAACAGCAGCAGCAUCAUGGCGGUCAGCCUCAGCAAAACUGGACAGGGCAGCAAUGGCAGCAAGGAUACCAAUAG